GAUUUAAACCACGUUUACUUUCUCCCAUAUUAAACAAACCACAUAUUUAAAAUGUCCAAGAACUCUUUAGAACAAUUGAAGGCCUCCGGUACCGUCAUUGUCACCGACACUGGUGAAUUUGAAUCCAUUGCCAAGUACACUCCUCAAGACGCCACCACCAACCCAUCCUUGAUUCUUGCUGCCGCUAAGAAGGCCGAAUACGCCAAGCUUAUUGACAUUGCUGUUGAAUACGCCCAAGACAAGGGUAACACCAAGGCUGAAAAGGCCUCCAUUGCCCUUGACAGACUUCUUGUUGAAUUUGGUAAGGAAAUCUUGAAGAUUGUCCCAGGCCGUGUUUCCACUGAAGUUGACGCUCGUUUGUCCUUCGACAAGGAAGGUACCAUCAAGAAGGCCUUGGAACUCAUUGAACUCUACAAGUCCGUUGGUAUCGAAAAGGAAAGAGUCUUGAUCAAGAUUGCCUCCACUUGGGAAGGUAUUCAAGCCGCCAGAGAAUUGGAAGCCAAGCACGGUAUCCACUGUAACUUGACCUUGCUUUUCUCCUUCGCUCAAGCUGUUGCCUGUGCCGAAGCUAAGGUCACUCUUAUCUCUCCUUUCGUCGGUAGAAUUCUUGACUGGUACAAGGCCUCCACUGGUGAAACCUACACUCAAGAAACUGACCCAGGUGUGAUUUCCGUCGGUAAGAUCUACAACUACUACAAGAAGUACAACUACGACACCAUUGUCAUGGGUGCUUCUUUCAGAAACACCGGUGAAAUCAAGGCUCUUGCUGGUUGUGAUUUCUUGACCAUUGCUCCAAAGUUGUUGGAAGAAUUGAUGAACUCUUCUGAAGAUGUUCCACAAGUCUUGGACGCUGCCUCUGCCAAGGCCUUGGACAUUGAAAAGGUCUCCUACGUUGACAACGAAAAGGAAUUCAGAUUCUUGUUGAACGAAGAUGCCAUGGCCACUGAAAAGUUGUCUCAAGGUAUCAGACAAUUCGCCAAGGACUGUGUUACUUUGGUUGAACAAUUGGAAGAAAAGUUUUAAAUUUAGUUUUUAAUGUAUACAGUGAUUAAUUAUUUCAUUUAGUAGUAUAAUUUA